CGCGCGAGGGUACACAACACGCGACUUUCUACACAGCUGACAGUGAAUGCAGUAAUAAACAUAAAACAUCUGCUUUAUACAAACACUAAACAUCUGAUGCGGCUUUAUAUCCAUUGGCAUCGAGACAGCAAACCGAUUACUGAUCAUUACACAGGAUGAUGGAGAGGAAACUAAUCUGACUUUAUAUUUGUCCUGCUUCAAAAAUGGACAGCUGAUGGUGUAAAAGAGGAAGUAUAACGACAAACUGCCCUCAUUCACAGGGGCCACAAGGCAAACACAUCAGGCAACAGUUUUACACAAGUUGACUGUCCUGAGAACAGUAAUGGCUGCUUACGGACAGACGCAGUACAGCCCUGCGUUACAGCCAGCAGGACCUUACACAGCUUACACGCAUCCAACACAGAGCUAUAGUAUGACAUCAUACAAUAUAAAGUCAGAAGAUGGUGUGAGCCAUUCACCAGGUCAAAGCAGUUUACUGGGUUACACGACUAACUUCAGCGCAACUCCACCCAGUCAAGCUCUCUACAGUUAUUCAACACACGGCGGCAGCAUUUCUUCUGGAAUUUUCCAGGGAGCAAACGGGAUCGCAGGAUCAACGCCAUUCAGUCCCACACAGCAGGACUUCUCAGCGUAUUCAAGCUACAGUCAAAGUCAAUAUUCGCCGUACUACAACACACACUACAACAGUCCAUACCUCACAACCAGCAACAUCACGCCGUCAGCCAUCACCACAGCGAUACCCUACCAACAUCCAGAGCAUCCUGCUGUAUCCACCAAUCACAGCCCAGAUUCACACACAGGAGAGUACCACGCUCCCACGAGUCCUCAGACUCCAGGAAAGGAACAGGACGGCGUUCCGACUCGACGCUGCUCAGACGUGAAGCUGAGAGGCAGGAAACGAGUCAAUGACCCCGUACCCCCUCUGGACUCUGACAUUGAGAGAGUGUUUAUCUGGGACCUGGAUGAAACCAUCAUCAUUUUCCAUUCGCUCCUCACUGGGACAUUUUCCACGCGAUUCGGCAAGGAUUCUGCCAAAGCGGUUUCUCUUGGGCUGUGGAUGGAAGAGAUGAUCUUCAAUUUGGCUGAUUCACGUCUCUUUUUCAACGACCUGGAGGAAUGUGACCAAGUUCACAUCGAUGAUGUGGCCUCAGAUGACAAUGGGCAGGACUUGAGUACUUAUAACUUUGGCACAGAUGGCUUCCAGAGCCCAGCAGGCGGUGGCACGCUCUGUUUAGGUUCAGGUGUUCAUGGAGGGGUCGACUGGAUGAGGAAACUCGCUUUCCGCUAUCGAAGAGUAAAGGAGAUCUAUAACACAUACAAGAAUAAUGUAGGAGGUUUGUUGGGAAGUCCGAAGCGAGAGGAAUGGUUACAGUUGAGGAGAGAGAUGGAGGUUUUGACAGACCUGUGGCUCACACAAGCACUAAAGGCUCUCGCUCUUAUCAACUCCAGGCCAAACUGCGUGAAUGUGAUGGUGACGACCACACAACUCAUUCCGGCUCUUUCCAAAGUGCUCCUCUAUGGUCUUGGUGCCGCUUUUCCCAUCGAAAACAUCUACAGUGCCACCAAAACAGGUAAAGAAAGCUGUUUUGAGCGAGUGACUCAGAGGUUUGGUCGGCGAGCCGUGUACGUGGUCGUAGGAGAUGGCGUAGAGGAGGAGACAGUCGCAAAAAAGAAAAACAUGCCCUUCUGGAGGGUGACGUGCAGGGCCGACCUGGAGGCAUUGAGUCACGCACUUGAGCUGGACUACCUCUAGAGAGCAGCAUCUGCUCGCCAACACUUCAUCCGCCUGCCUACCGCUGUGAUGCAGACAUGUGCGCUUGACACAAAUCACAUGACCAAGCCAAGGACUGCAGAGCCAAUCAGCAGGGAGUGGCACUCUGACUGGAAACAUUUGCUUCAAAUCAAUCCAAGAUCAACGUUUAUGUCUCUUUCUCGCUUUCCACCUGAGACGAGUAUCGUUUCUUUCAAUUUCUUCUUCUUAACCACAGCACUGCACUGAAAACAGACCUGAGAUUUGUCAUAAAGAAUUCAAGGCAUUGGCUAUGUUCAUGCGACCCUUUUCUAGUAGGCAUUAUAUGUAUCGACUGUACUGUAUGUAUUGACUAUUGACCUACAAAAUUGGAGUGCAUACUGUGUUGCAAACUGCAAUGCAAUGCAAUGUGGUUGACUUGACUUUCUCAUCUCCUUCUUGAUUUAUUGUUUGGACUGUGAGAUCAACCCUAGAAAAUAUUUGUUUCAGGAUGCCACCCGGACAUAUUGAGGUCAUGCGAUUACAGGGAUGCAUACUACUGUUUGAAGAGUUUAACGCUGCAAAAUGUUUAAUGUUUCACUAACUUUUAUAAAAAAAAAAAAAAGAUUUAUUGAGGGCAGUAUACAGUGUAUACUUGAAGUAUGCAGUAAUGUUUCUUUUCCAAACAUAGCCGUAGUUACAGUAUCAAAAUCACAUAUAAGGAAUGGGUUUAGCUGUUUGGUGUUAAACACUAUUACAAAUCCAUAAACAGGGGUCUACAGAUGAAAGAUUUUUGAUUUACAAAUUUAAAAUGUAUGUUUUUUUAUCUGAUGAGUUGCAGAAGAUUGACAAUCAGAAACAUUUCACAAAAAUGUUUGGGAAUUUUUAAGUGUUAAUAAAAAUAAUAUGAGAAAAAUUUAACUGAUAGUUCGAAGUAUAAAUAAAAUACUAAACUGAUUGAAUAUUGCACCAUACUUCAGCUGAUAACAAUGAAUGAAUGAAAUUUAUAUGCUAUUGUACUUUAACCAUAUAACUAAUCCCACACCUUUAUAUGAGUACAAAGUACUGUAAAUCCAGCUAGUUCAAUCCAGAACGACCCUAAAGAACUAGAUUUCAAGAGAAAACUAACCAUUAUAGCCAAUAGCUACUGAUAGAAAAACACAAUCAUAUUAACUUAAACAUCUCUCUCUCUCUCUCUCUCUCUCUCUCUCUCUCUCUCUCUCUCUCUCUCUCUCUCUCUCUCUCUCUCUCUCUCUCUCUCUCUCUCUCUCUCUCUCUCUCUCUCUCUCUCUCUCUCUCUCUCUCUCUCUCUCUCUCUCUCUCUCUCUCUCUCUCUCGUGCUGGAACACUUUACUGUAUGUGGUUUGUUACUGGAUGUAUAUUUCUUUAAUGUCUCUUUUACUCUGAGGUUUAUAUAUACUGUAUACUGUAUCUACUUCCCUGAUCAUACAGCAUCUGUAGGACUUUUCUCUGACCUGCAUGUGUUCAUCA